AUGGAUACAGGAUAUAGAGGUCGAGGAUAUACACCAUUUUUUGGGUCGGGGUUGAAGUUUGACAGAUCGGAUUAUAUUAGGUUCAAAUUAAAUAAGCAAGAGGACAACUCCUCAAAGUUUAAUGAAAUAAUAAGCACUCAUUUUCAAGACAAAAUAAAAUUUUUCUCAGACGCCUCAAAAGAGAACUUUAAUGUUGGUAUUGGUGUUGUCUGCCCAGACCUUAAAAUAGAGAACACAUACAGAAUCGCUAAGUUUGCCACAAUAUACACAGGAGAGAUGGUAGCGAUAAUGAAAGCCCUGGAGCUGAUUGAGACAAGAAACACAUAUAAUUCAUUAAUAUUAUCAGACAUCCAAAGCGCCCCCAAAGCAAUAAGCUCCAUACCCGCAUACAAGGACGAUCAUAUAACUUAUUCAAUCAAGAAGAAGCUAAUAGGACUAAAAGAAGGUGGAUUCAGUAUCUCCUUGGGAUGGAUAUCAAGCCACACCCACAUAAAAGGUAAUGACAGAGCAGAUUACAUGGCUAGAAUAGGAAGACGGAAUGGACAGAAUGUAAAGAUUAAAUGUUGGUACAAAGAAUUUUAUCCUGUAUUGAAAGAAAAAUUCUGGGGGACGUGGUUGGAACGAUGGAAGGAAGAUUCAAGACAGAAAGGAAGGCUGUAUGCAGAGCUGAUUGAAAAACCAUACAAAUACUCUUGGUUCGGUACUUUAGGUAAUAUAUCAAGGAAGAAAAUCACGACAGUCAUUCGCAUAAGAAGCGGACAUUGCCUCACCCCAGUUCAUUUACAUCGAAUCAGAGUCAAAGAUGACCCAAGAUGCCAAUGCGGCGAAGAGGGCACGUUAAAUCACAUUUUUUUUCAAUGUCCAUUAUAUCCAGAACAAAGAGAAACUCUGUACAAAUCAAUCACCAACCAUUAUAAGUUCGCCCCGCAUGAUUAUACCUCCUUAUUGCAUGCGAGUCUAGCCUUAAUCGAAUAUACCCAAUACAGACACUCAACCAAAGAAGAAGACCUGGACUACCUUUCCAGGGUACAAGACAAAUAUUCAAGAGAAACGACAAACGACCUCGAGUCGGACGCUUUCACGGGCUUCUCUUGUCUUAAAUUGAAGAUAGGAGACACAUCACCUGGCCGUAUAGUCCUGGAAGCUUAG